GCACCGAAAGCCUAGAAGGCGGUACCAGCUGCGGCAGCCGCCUUUCGAACCAGGACAGAGCACGAGGGAUUUUCUCUCUGGAAGGUGGUGGUGGACACGAGGCGUUCGCUGGAAGAUGAUGGCAAUUGUGAAGGCCGAGCCGGCGAUGGCGGCGGAGGGCAGCGGGCGGAGGGACGCGGAGGCGGACCUCAACCUGCCGCCGGGGUUCCGGUUCCACCCCACGGACGAGGAGCUCGUCGUGCACUACCUCUGCCGGAAGGUGGCCGGCCAGCCGCAGCCCGUCUCCAUCAUCGCCGAGGUCGACCUCUACAAGUUCGAUCCAUGGGAUCUGCCUGAGAGGGCGCUGUUCGGGAACCGGGAGUGGUACUUCUUCACGCCGCGGGACCGCAAGUACCCCAACGGCUCGCGCCCCAACCGCUCCGCGGGCACCGGCUACUGGAAGGCCACGGGCGCCGACAAGCCCGUGCCGUCCAGGGACAGCGGCGGCAGGACGGUCGGCAUCAAGAAGGCGCUCGUCUUCUACGCCGGGAGGGCGCCCAGGGGGGUCAAGACGGACUGGAUCAUGCACGAGUACCGCAUCGCCGAGGCAGACCGCGCGCCAGGCAAGAAGGGAUCACUCAAGCUGGACGAGUGGGUGCUGUGCCGCCUCUACAACAAGAAGAACAACUGGGACAAGGUGAAGGUGGAGCAGGACAUGCCCGCCGUGGCGGCGCCGCACCACCACAGACAGAACGGGGAGGUCAUGAACCCACUGGUGGCCACCCAAGCCUUAUCAGACAGCUUCCAGACGCACGAUUCCUCGGACAUCGACAGCGCCACCGCCCUGCCGCAGCAGCACGGCUUCAGCAGGGACAUGGCGUCGCAGGGGCAGGCCAUGGUGACGGUCAAGGAGGACAACGAGUGGCUCACGAGCCUCAGCAUGGACGACCUGCAGUCCUGCUACCCAAGCCAGUUCGGGCAGAUGGUGAAUCAGGCGGCCGCGCCUUGGCAGGACGUCGGCAGCAGCGGCUACCUGCAGUCGAUGACUUCGCCGCAGAUGAGGAUGUGGCAGACGGUCAUGCCACCCUUCUGAUGAGAUGGAACAAGAGGAAGAGCAGAGACAUCCUGUAAAUAAGAAGAGGGGGGAUAGAUAAUUACUUAAAUGAUGAACUAUAAGGAGAGAUUAAGUUAAGGAUUAGAAAUUUGGCGAAGCAUGAUUCUGCAACCUGUGGUGGUAGGUCUGUAGUAUGUAUUCUUUGGUUUUGAUCUAGGCAUUUGGUAUCCGGCGGAAACAUCUCCUUUUUUGUCCUCAUAAUCAAACUAAAUUAUUCAACCCCUGACCAA